AUGUAUGUGGUGCUGGCAAGCGUCUCUGCCGAAUGGCAACAAUUCUUCGAAAAGAUCACAUUCUGGAGCUUGAACCUUUUAUCGGACCGCAAAAAUAUUUCUCAGUUCGACAAUAUCGUUCAGGGACACCGGAGAAAGCUUCUAAAAGUCCUAGGGUUCCAUGUGCUCCUGAUGGAGUACGAUUGUUUCGAGUGCGACACGGCAGAAAGCGAGAAUACGGCUUACCUCAAUAGCCUUAUUUUCCGCGAAGCUCUUAUCACCCUUUUCAGUAUCCUCCGUACCUGGGAUAUACCGACAGAUCAACCGGGAUACAAUGGUCUAAGUCUCCAGCUCAGCGCCAUGUCACCAAGCGAUCAAGACCACUUUUUCCGCCGGCCUUACCAGGGGCCAACCGAAGAACGCACUAAACAGAGGAGAAUACACAGAGCAAUGUAUCCUUCGGCGCCGUCGUUCUCGCAGUAUCUGAGAUAUCGCGACCGACGGUUGGGCCGAGCUCUCGAGCUAGACGUUGACGAUGCUACCACUAGCCAGCCGGCAAACAAGCUUUUCGAAGGAUAUAUCCUACCAAAAGUUCCGAUCAUUACGAAGCUCUCAAACUUCUCCUUCCAGAGGGAUGUUCUCCGCAGACUGUCAGCAACAGCCAUCACCACACUCAUGAAAAGACUCCCAGACACACGAGAGCUGCAUUACGUAUUCCACAAGCCCUUCAAUCACAGAGCAGAAGAACAACGCAAUAUCACCUUUGUUUCGCUCCUUGAGAAUAUCCCAAAAUCCACCAGGGUCUUGACACUUGUCGAAAGUCCCGCCACGAUACGUAAGCACUAUUCCCGAGGGCCGACAUGUCAAGCCAUAUGUCGGGCCGCGUGUACUGCAAUACGAUCUCUCAGAAUCUUGCACUCCAUGUUUUCCAUAAAUCCGGAGGGCUUUUUCCGGGAGGCCAUAUCUUUCCCGGCAACGAGUCCUCUCGAGGGGAGGAUGGAUUAUCCAGAUCUUUCAGUUUUGGUCUUGAUAUUCAAGGUACCGGACUCAACCUCUGCCAUGCGCAUAAACCACCUGAUGCGAAUGGCUGCAACCGUGGCGGCCUACAUGCCCCGGCUUCAGGUCAUGCAGGUCUUGAAUAUAUCAACUGGCCAAGACAUCUUUUCUUUCCUAUACGAGGUCUUCGAGCGUGAGACGAGGCUUUCAAUCAAAGCCUCUUUCGAUGUGGAGCUGAGUCGGGAGACAAACGUGCUUUGGGAGAGGCUGGCUCUAGAAAUGACGCGCUACCGACUGACAAAAUACACCGGGACCUUACCUAGCGGGAAGGAGACGUUUGAGAAACAGAUGAAAGAAUCUACAGCACUGGUCAGGUCCCACGUCAUGGGCAGUUGGCGGAGAAGCUCUGUUGAAGGGGGAGAUUAA